GCAUAGCUGGGCUGAUAUGUUGGACGAUUUUUGUUCUGGGCCCGGGCCUGGGCGGCCCCGCCCCUCUCGUUGUGGCGCGUACUGACGCCUUUCCACGUCGCAGUCGAGUCCAACAGACUAGCGAGCUACGUAUGUCUGCGUGUGUCCAGCUAGGCUAGUAGGGAGUGAUGGCGGCGCCCGUCCUGAGAGUGUCCACCCCGCGGUGGGAGAGAAUAGCCCGGCUUGUGGUUUGCUUGCUGGGCGUACUAUUGUCUCUUUAUGCUUUUCACGUCGAGAGGGAAAAGGCCCGGGAUCCGAGUUAUCGGGCUGUAUGCGACGUCAGCAGCUCCAUCAGCUGUUCUAAAGUGUUCAGCUCAAGGUGGGGUCGAGGAUUUGGACUCCUGGGCUCCAUUUUUGGAAAUGACAGCAUGCUGAACCAACCAAACAGUGUCUAUGGAAUUGGCUUUUAUGCUUUCCAACUCCUACUGGGAAUGACUGUGAGCGCGAUGGCCGCCCUCAUCCUCAUGAUGACGUCCAUCUUGUCGGUGGUGGGCUCGCUCUACCUGGGCUACAUCCUCUACUUUGUCCUCAAGGACCUGUGCGUCAUCUGCAUCACCACGUACGCGCUGAACUUCAUUCUCUUCAUCCUCAACUACAAACGGCUGGUGUACUUGAACGAGGCGUGGAAGCAGCAGCUGCAGGCCAAGCAGGACUAAACGCCACAUGUGACGCAAGCAAACCGAAGCGUGGCUGACGGAACAUGUGACUUUGGCCGCCAGGAGACGACGUGUGUUCUGCUGAGUGUUCCGAACGAAGAAGAACAAGAAAGCUCACUGCUGAUUGGAAACGCGGAAGGAUUUGUUUUAUUGUCAAUUCUUCAUCAAUUGUUGGACAUUGGAGUGACUGAAGGAAGGGGGGGGGGGCAUCAACCUGAGCAGCAGAUGGUGGAUUCCAAACACUUGGAGGGAACAAAACAACAAAUAACACACUAUUGGUUUUUUCCUUCAUGUUUACAUUUUGUAGGAUGUUUUUGUUUUCUUCUUUCUUAGAAGACCACUGAAAGAUGUUGUGUGGGGGGGGGGUCAGGUAGUUGUGUAAAUACAGGAGCUGCUGAGCAAUACUUCAGCCGGCAUCGGUUGACUUAAAAAGAAAACAACAAAAAACCGUGGAACUAAAAAGGCGAUGAAGGUCACAAUGGGCGGACGUCCCGUUUACGGGUGGGGGAGGUUUAUUGUUUCAUCUGAAGCCACAGACACAAAACUAAAAACACCCCCACAUCAUAAAGACUUACGUGCCUAAAGCAUUGAUCGUUGGAUUCCACUUUUUACAUCACUUUUUCUAUUGUAACAUACCAGUUGAGUGUUUUAGCCCCCCCACCACCCACCCGGCUGCUGCACCAUGAGUGUGUUCUGCACUGGAGCGUAACGGUGAUGCUGCCCAGCAGAGUUACACUUCAUUCACGGGUCAAAAGGUGGGGAACUGUCGGGACGUCCGGUCCCUUUGGGGUUUGCUCAUAUUUUAGGGACAAACAGCUGAAAUGGAGGAGCCCAGUGAAGGGAAUCCACGGACGGAGUAAACCCCCCACUAAUGUUGCCAUGUUACAGGAUGACAUGGUGGGGGGGGGGAAGACAACAAAAGUGCAACAUCUGACUUGAAUGAGAAUAAAGUUGCAGCUUCGCUUCA